AUGGAAAGGUGCACUCGCGAUCUACUCGGCGCUUCUAUCAGCUUCGGGCCAGGAGCAUCAGUGGAGAAGAUCUCGCUCUCUUCGGACUAUUCCACUGCGAGAAUCACGAACCUCCCUGCUGGAAGCGGCCCAGGGUACGUUUCCCUUGUCCUCAGCCGCCUCGGGCUUGAAGUGCCGCCGAAUUGCGUUCGUGUGCGACCAUAUGGGCAGGACAACCCGACCAUCGCGGCGGACGUCAGGGUCGAGGACCCAAACUUUGCCAAAUCUCUCCAUGCCAAGUACGAGGCGGGCGAGCUGGCCCAAGCCGACGGCUUGUCGGACGUGAAAGUCUUCGCCCUCGCGUUGCCGGCCUCCAACGGUGCGGGCGGCUUCGCUCACCGUGUCAACUGCAGGAAGAUCAUCUGCUCUUGGCACAAGCCGCUACGAGUGGCACUGCUCAAAUUUCACUCGGAGGAGGUGGCCAGGGAGGUUUGUGACGGCUUCUCUACGGGAGCAUACAAAGUCCUCGGCUCUGCAGUCUCUUGCCGACUCGGCCAGGUCGAAGGACCAUACCGGGGAAGCCGAGGGUACCAAAUGCGGUUCCCCUCGGAGUCACGAAAGUGGACUUUGACGCUUCGAGUGCCCCUCCAGGCUACUGAUAAAGACAUACUACGGACGAUUCCCAGGAACACCAGACCAAGGGACGUAGGGUUCGAAGGCACGACGUACAGGCUAGGGGACGAGUGCAACGCGAGACAGCUUGGCAUGAUCGAGAAGCUCUUGACAAAGAUCGGCGCUCUGGAGAUGAAAUUGACCGCCAACAUGGAGAUUCCGGGGAAGCGGGUCAAAGCCAUGGCUCGAUUCGUCGACGAGGCGGACGCGAAGGAGGCAGUGGAGGUUCUCAACAACAUCCGGCUGCCCUUCAACGAGACCGACAAGCUCAACGUUAACUUGGUGUAUUCGUCAACCUACAAGGUGGCGACCAAAGUCUUCGAAGCCGUGUUGGGAGACGUUAAGGAGGCCAAGGUUGCGUCCAGCGAGAAGCACAUCCAAUUUAAGCACUUCCCGCCUACGAACGGCUACAUUACCUUGCGACUGGAAGGCGAGGACCGCGGGGACCUCGCCGCCGCCGAAAAAGUGGUCGACACCAUCCUUCGAGGCCAGACGGUGGCCGACAAAGAGGGGACGAACCCCUUCUGGAACCCAUCUUUCGGCAACCGAGCAGCAGCAGGCAAGGCUCUCGAGAAAAUCGAGCAGUCGUUCCAGGUCGCUUUUCAUUGUCUCCCGUCCAAGGCAGAGGUCAGAGUGUACGGCACGCCCGACAAAGUCGCCAAGGCGCGCGACGCACUGCUCCAAGCCUUUGGUGAUAGCCCGUCGACCUCGUACUCCAUCCCGCUUGACGCGAAGAGCUUCCGAUGGGCUAUCCGCGGCGGCUUCCAGGACCUGAGGGACGCCCUGGGCCCCGAGAACGUCAUGCUGAGCGUGCUACCGACAGCCAGGAGAAUCGAGGUCAUUGGCCCGCGGGCGUUGUACGACCUCGCAAUGGACAUCAUGUCUGAGCAGCGGGAGAGUACGAUGACGACUGCUUCUGCGCAGAAGCGGACUGAGAAGAGCCCGGGUAUCGACUGUUCCGUGUGCUGGACCGAGGCCGAGGACCCGUUGACGACCCGGUGCGGACACGUCUACUGCCACCACUGCUUCGAGAACUUCUGCCGGGCCGCCGACUCGGGCGACGCCGGCUCCGACCUGCGGUGCCUGGCGGAUGAGGGCUCCUGCGACACCGUCUUCGGCCUUCCGGAGCUGCAAGAGCACCUUCCGUCCCUCGCCUUUGAGGAGGUCCUCGCCUCGUCCGCCAAGUCGUACAUCGCCAAGCGGCCCGGCGCGUUCCGCUACUGCCCGACGGCGGACUGCGGCCUGGUCUACCGGACGGCGCCGGCGGACCGUCCGGGGGUGUUUGCGUGUCCCGGUUGCGCCAAGAGCGUGUGCACGGCGUGUCAUCACCCCCACGCGGGCCAGUCGUGCGCGGAGUACAGGUACGCCGCCUCCGGGUGCGAGGAGGCGUUCGACAGGGCCAAGGCGCGGCUGGGAAUCAAGGACUGCCCCAGGUGCAAGACGUCGAUCCAGAAGUCGUCCGGGUGCAACCACAUGACGUGCGGCGGGUGCGGGGCGCACAUCUGCUGGGUCUGCCUGGACACGUUCGCGAGCGGUCAGGCGUGCUACUCUCACAUGAACAGGAAGCAUGGGUCCAUAUUUCCUGACGAUCCUCAGUACGAUCUAUGA